UUGAAUGACUGAUUAAAGACUAAAACCCUAAAACUCCUGUAUUUUACGCCGCUUUCAUUCUCUUUUUUUCUCUUUUGUUUUCAAUUUUUCCCCAUUAAAAUUGGUGAUUCAAACUCAUUAAUCUUUCAUCUCCAGAUAGUAGAGUCUGUUGGAUAUACCAUUCCAUAGUUACCUCCAAGCCUGGAAUUCUAGGCGUUUUUCGAGCUUUUAAUUUCUCUCUGCUCAAUCUCUUACCAUGGCGGCGGUAGAAGUUGCAGUCCCAGUUGAGACUCCCGAUCCUUUGCAAAAUGAGGUCAAGCUUUUCGGUCGAUGGAGCUUUGACGAUGUCACUGUCCAUGACAUUGCUUUGGCUGAUUACAUCGGAGUGACUGCAGUUAAGCAUGCCACGUACGUCCCUCACACUUCUGGAAGAUAUCAAAUGAAGCGUUUCAGGAAAGCUCAGUGCCCUAUUGUUGAAAGGUUGACCAAUUCUCUCAUGAUGCACGGACGCAACAAUGGAAAGAAGCUGAUGGCUGUUCGCAUUAUUAAGCAUGCCAUGGACAUCAUCCAUCUCUUGACUGACUUGAACCCCAUUCAAGUAGUAGUUGAUGCCAUCAUUAACAGUGGACCCAGAGAAGAUGCAACCAGAAUUGGUUCUGCUGGUGUUGUGAGGCGUCAAGCUGUUGAUAUCUCUCCACUAAGGCGUGUUAAUCAGGCAAUCUAUCUUCUUACUACUGGUGCUCGUGAGAGUGCUUUCAGGAACAUCAAGACCAUUGCUGAGUGCCUUGCUGAUGAACUCAUCAAUGCUGCCAAGGGUUCAUCCAACAGUUAUGCUAUCAAGAAGAAAGAUGAAAUUGAAAGAGUUGCCAAGGCCAACCGUUAAGUUAGGGACUAUGUUUAAACACACUGGGAUUUUUGUUGCUUCUUUUUUUGGAUUUGUACUCUAUGGAUCUUAUAUAAGAAUCAAAGAUGUCCUAGAGGUAUCUUUUUUUUCUUUCUCUCGGUGUGAGCAACCUCGCUUUUACGGUUGGAUUGAUAUACAUUUCUUUGGGAUGAGUAUGUAGAGUUAAAAUUAAUGUACCUUCAGAUCAAUUUUUAUCAUGCUCUCAAUCA